UUCCAGAUCGUCCCUUUCUGUGGGCACAUCAAAGGAGGAAUGAGGCCGGGAAAGAAGAUUUUAGUUAUGGGCAUAGUGGAUCUCAACCCCGAGAGCUUUGGCAUCAGCCUGACUUGCGGGGAGUCGGAAGAUCCUCCUGCAGAUGUGGCUAUAGAACUGAAAGCCGUGUUUACAGACAGACAGUUUGUCAGAAACUCUUGUGUCGGCGGAGAAUGGGGGGAAGAGCAAUCGUCGAUUCCUUACUUUCCCUUUAUACCGGAUCAGCCUUUUAGGGUUGAGAUACUUUGUGAGCAUCCCCGUUUUAGAAUAUUUGUGGAUGGACAUCAGCUCUUUGAUUUUUACCACCGUAUUGAAACACUGUCGGCAAUUGACACGAUAAAGAUAAAUGGAGAUCUUCAGCUUACAAAACUUGGCUGAGCUUGUUAGGACUGCAGAUUCCAAACCGGCUCAGGUGCCAUCAUCCGUUUGGAGAAGUGACAGCCGGGCUCUGGACACAGCUAUGAUAGGAAAGCGGCCCCGUUCCUUUUCCGCAUGCAGUUCUUCACUCCUGUGCCGAUGAACCGCGCUGUUGUUUAUCCUAAUGAAGAACAAUUGUUGGUUAAUAGACAUUGAGCCGUUUGUUUUUUUUUUCUUGGAUCAAAAUAAGCCCACCUGUGCUGGAUAAUCAAAUUGGAAUGGAUUCAGAAAAGACUUGCAGUCUUGUUUCAGAUCUGACAGAAAGGCAAUUUCUGAAACGCGGCGCUAGAACCGGUUAGUGAACAGCAGUGACAACAACAACAACAACAACAACAACAACAAGGUUUUUCUUUUGCAAAUAUCGUUUCUGCACUGAAGUGGAAUAGUGUAGCACAACAAAGAGCCACGUGCUGACGUCCCUACCCGGGGCUUGAGCCUGGUUCCGUGGAAAUCAACGGCAAAACUCCCACUCACUCACUUUAACGGGGUACAAUCAAACUGUCUAGUCCUUAGUCAAGCACAAUUCCCACUGGUUUCUAUGGGAUUUUUUUGCACACGCCUGGGGGCCCAGCUCUUCUGCUGGUGUAAAUCAGCAUCACCUCUGUGGCUUGCGAGGGAACUUUGCGGGUUGCUCCCAGCCGUUGAUUUGGCCCAAGGACUGUGCAAAAACUGAACGAGGGUGUGAGGACACAGCCUGUAUAUGUUAGUCAGGGUAUUUGCAUAGAAUGUAGAUCGUUACGAGUUUUUUGCACAAUGUAUUGUUAAUACAAUUUUUAAAGCUUAUCUGUAGUUUAUUUAUUUAUACUCAUUGUAUGUAUUACUAGUUAAAAAUGAACAAUCUUACUGAUGGUUAAGAAGAAAGUGUAAACAUUUUGAAUGUACAAAAUGUCUUUAGGUUCUUUGGGUAAACUUUACAUAUCAUUCUGGGGAAAAAAUCAUGUUUCCUAUCCAACAUUUAGUUCCGUUUUCACGGAGCCCUCUCGGCCCUGGGAAAAGGUGGGCAUGGUAGUUGGUGAGGGUGGGGGGAACUCUUGGCAUAUUCACUAGAAACUGGUUUUCAGGGCUUACUAACUUUGCUGCACAGGAUAGGUUUGAGUUAAAGUCGAUGGGUUUUAAAAACUUAAUACAGCAAAUCUGUAGGUUUAACUGUGCUUUUAUAACCUGAGAAAAAAAAACAAGUUCAAUUUGGCAGUCUCUUAGUUCCGAAAGAGAACCAGCCUCUUUCCGGGGAGAUUUUUGCACUUGUUUGAGAACAUAUUUGGCCUUUGAUAUGACAAUUAAAACUUGUCUAGACAGCCAAGUUAUUAAUGCUUGAAAAUCAGCUACUGCACAUGAAUAAUAACUUUUCGAGUAGCUUUUUAAAUAGUAGGUAUAUAGCUGUAUAAACACAGUCAUUGCGCGACACUAGAAACCAACACAGCCACUUUUCUUGGACUUCUUUAGGACUAAGUACACUUUUUUCCUUGGCUGCUCACAAUAAACUGCAGCAGGUCUUUCACAGUAGUUAUAAUCACGAUAGAAACAUAUAUUUAGGCAAUUUUGAAAACAUGUAAUAU